GCAGGAGAGGGGGAAAGAUGACAGGUGAAUUAUGAACCCUCGCAAAAUCUGAGUGAGAGGGAGCGAUUUGGAUUUUGGGGGUUUUGCAAGCACGGUGGCGCUUCUUCUUCUCUGAGAUAUUCUUCCCCUUUCCCUCGAGUUUUCCUUUUGAAAACGUACUGUACCCGGGGGUUACGAGGGAGUCCAAUUCAUUUAUCUCAUUCGAUUUGAUUGGAUUUGCUUUCUUAUAAGGCACCCGAGAAGACAGACAGGGAGAGCCAUGCAAUUGUGGUGGUCCUGGUGGCGUUGGGGUACUUGUACUUUAGAGACGAAACCGUCCGAUGCGUCACAGGAAACGGAGGUGGGAGGUGGUCUUCUUUGAUGGCCUUGCAAUUGCAAAUGACUUGGCAGCCGAGUUUACUCAGUCAGAAGCGCAAGAACGGCCCCCCUAUAGGGCUCAAGAACCUCGGCAACUCCUGCUAUCUCAACAGCGUCCUCCAGUGCCUCACCUACACCCCUCCCCUCGCUAAUUUCUGUCUCAAAUGCCAGCACUCCUCUCUCUGUGAUUUGACGCGCGACUGUCCGUUUUGCAUUCUGGAGAAGCGGAUUGUGCGCUCUCUGAGCGUGGAUCAAACCCCUGACGCGCCCUUGAAGAUCCAGAGCUGUCUCCGGAUUUUUGCCGAGCACUUCCGGUGCGGCCGACAGGAGGACGCGCACGAGUUCCUGCGCUAUGUGAUCGACGCCUGCCACAACACAUGCCUCCGCUUGAAGAAGCUGCAGCUGCGGCGUUCCAACUCAAAGGGAGGCGAGCAAAGUACUUCCACUGCGACUGGUGCUACAACUACGGUAGUGAAAGAGAUCUUUGGGGGUGCGUUGCAGAGCCAGGUGAAGUGUCUUUCUUGUGGCAACGAGUCGAAUAAGGAUGAUGAGAUAAUGGAUAUUAGUCUUGAUGUUUUGCUUAGUAAUUCACUUAAAGAGGCAUUACAUAAGUUCUUUCAACCCGAGGUUUUGGAUGACAACAAUAAGUACAAGUGCGACAAAUGUAAGAAACUGGUGGUAGCAAGGAAGCAAAUGUCUGUACUUCAAGCCCCCAACGUCCUUGUAAUCCAGCUCAAGAGAUUUGAGGGCAUACUUGGUGCUAAGAUUGAUAAGGCCAUUGCAUUUGAAGAGGUUUUGGUGCUUUCCAGUUUCAUGUGUAAGGCAAGCCGGGAUCCACUACCAGAAUAUAAACUCUUUGGUACUAUUGUGCAUUCGGGCUACUCACAAGACUCUGGUCACUAUUAUGCCUAUAUUAAGGAUGCAAUGGGUCAGUGGUAUUGCUGCGAUGAUUCGUUUGUCUCGCUUUCGACCCUGCAGGAGGUUUUGUCAGAGAAAGUCUAUAUUCUUUUCUUUUCUCGCACUAACCAACGGCCGACAUCUGCCAGCACUGUUCUUACUUCAAAUGGAAUAAAGUCUAGAGAUUGCAAUGGCAGUGAGGCAUUUAAGAGCCCAAGGGCCAUCCCACAGAAAGCGGCGUAUACAAAAGCUUAUGUUGAGCAAUCUUCUCAGAAGGAUAUCUCAAACAUAUCUAAGGUUGUUAAGGUGCCUUCUAGCCCACAGAUGAGGUUUAGCAUAGGAAACUCUACUUCCAAAAGAACUCCUGCUACUGGUAAUGUAAACGCUGAACUUCAUAAGAGUCGGCCCAUGGAAACAAAUGGGUAUGCAAAAGACUCCAUUCAUAAAGAGAAAAGUGAAAAAGAUGUGGCUUUGACCAUAAACGUUAAUGGUUUUAACAGAAUCAGAACAUUUGAUGCUGCUGAUAGUAAGCAUAGCACAGGAUUCCCUUCAACUGGUGAAAAUGGCAAUAGUCAGAGCAGUAUUAACUUAGGGAAAUCAGAUCUCGGAGAUUGUAAUGGUACAAGGACUGGGGUGAUGAAGGGAGGGCCUAACCACCCUGAACUGGGUACUUCUCGUGUCAACGGUGGUGCUGAGACUUAUAAAAAAAUUGGUGGUUUUGAAAUCUCGGGCUCUAAGAGAAAAUUGGAGGAGAGAGGUGGUAUUUUUUUUGCACAGGAUGCUCGUUCUCAGGAAGAAUAUGAAGAACUGAAAGAAAAUCUCAAACAAGAAGCCUCUUCUUUUCUACGUUCUUGUGGUUGGUCAGAAGAGGUUUAUAAAUUCAUGAAUACAACAAAGAAGCAAUGUCGAGAAGCUGGAAAUUAUCCAUCAAGUAGUUGUGAAUUCAAGAAGACUUUAAUUGCAGAUGCCAAACCAACCUUUAUUUCACAAAUACCAGAGUCGUUGAAAGAGGAUCUUAUUGGCCGUCUGCGGUCAUUUAACCAAGGAAAAAAGUUAUUCCCCCGGACUUUAAUAAACUGAACUUGGAUGAAGGGAUCCUGAUGCAUGAAGGGACUAUGACCUGUAGUCAUAGAAAUUUUCAAAUGCCUGCGUCAAAUUCUGCUGGUGGCAUAACAAUUGUUGCAGAUGUUUCAUAAUAUUGUCUUCUGACAUUGCCACAGAUGAGUCUUGGUAUAUUAAUGGGAAUUGAUGACAAGAUAUCCUCUAGCAAAAAGCAGGGGUAUGUUGUAUAAUGCCCUUUACAGCAAGUUCUUGCCACAACAAGAGACUGUUAUCUUUUCAUUCAUUACUCUAUCCAUGCUCACAUCCUGUAGGUGCGCUCUCAGCCGAUUUAAGAUGCAAGGGCUGAUUGCAGAUCUUCCUGAAAGUUUUGUUUCUCCCUUGAGGCUGAGCAGUUGAUUAUGGUAGAUCGAAAGAUGAGUUUUACUCGGUUUGUACAAUAUCCUUUUCGGCGGUAUCUUCAGUAUACAAUUCUAAUCACAAUUUCUUUUUCCUAUAUAAUUGUGGCACUACAGACUCGGAGAAUAUGCUAUCAAGUAUAUCCAUUUACAAUGAAA